UAGUUCUUCCGUUGGCGAACUGCUUUUUUUUCCGUUGUUUUUUUUUUUUUACCCCUCCUUUCUUCUCUUCCUUUUUUUUGGGCAAAAGGAGAACAACAGCUAAAGGAGGCGAACAGAGAGAGGAAGAAUGGUGGAGAGCCACGGAGAAAAGAAGUAGAUGAAGGCUGAGAUAAAAAAAUUAGAGAUAGAGAGAAGGGGAAAAAAAAAAGAAACACUAGAAAACAAGAGGAAAAAACAACUGGAAUAAACUGACGGAGGAAGAUCGAUGGAUGGCACGACAGAGACAGGUGGUGGGCAACAUUUGAUGGAUUAAUAGCAAAGGGAUGUGCAUUCAGAAUCUUCCCAGCACUCCGAGCAUCUCGGUGAGCAAAAGAAGAUAGAGGGUGCAGAGAAACCGAUCAAAGAAAGAAAGAGGGAGAGAAAUGGGAUAAAGAGAACAAAAGAGCCCAACUCAGAACCAACAGUCCGGAGAGAAACCUCCCGAUUGUCUCCCCUCUCCAUCCACCGCAGCUUUCCAACUCUCCAAACUUCUGACCUCAUGUCAGGACGUGCCAUUCGAGCCGAAACGAGGAGCAGGGCAAAAGAUGACAUCAAGAAAGUGAUGGCUGCUAUUGAGCAUGUCCGGAGAUGGGAAAAGCGCUGGGUGACGGUGGGAGACACCUCUCUACGGAUCUACAAGUGGGUCCCUAUUAUGGACCCUCGAGACGAGGAGAAAAGAUGCCUGAGAGGUAGCAAAGAGCAGCAGCCCACCAAAGAGAGAAGGUUUUCUCGAAGCAGUUCUGCUCUGCUCAUGUUGGACCUGAACGAUGAGAACAGCAGCCAGAGUUCUCUUUCGGAGACGUCCCUGCUGAAAGGGGGUGACACAAGCCCCACCCCCACCCCGGAUCGAAGCCAGACAGUGACUCCCACCCUCUUAGGAGAGUUGAAGACAGAUGAGCAGCCCCCUUUGUUGGGGCAAGAGGGAGAUUCUGGGGUGCUCCUUCUCGAGGGAAGUGACGACCCUCCCAAACUUAGCAAAGAAGAACCAGAUCUUAAGACGUCUGAUUUCCAGGCCACGGACACAGCAGCUUGUUUGGAACUCACCACGGACAUGGAAGAACGCACACCUGAAGUGGAGGAGUCCUUCUUGUUAGAAGGCCCCUCCUUGAAGCGGAUCCGUACAGAGGAACAAGCUUCGCAGCCUACCCCCUCCUCUGAAGUGUAACCUCAAGCUUCAGGCCUGUCUUUCCCAUUUCUUCUGAUAGAUCAGUGGUUCUCAACCUGUGGGUCGGGACCCCAUUUGGGGUCGGACGACCAUUUCACGGGGGUCGCCAAACAACGCAGUCCGCCAUUUUCUUUUCCCCUUUUCCUUAGCUGUGCUACUC